CCGAGUUCGUUCGUAGCCUCCCCCUUCUCACGUGUCUCUUCUCCCUCCCUCUCUCCCUCUCCGCCGAAUCCCGGCUCCUCCCGUCGCCCUUGCAUUGCGUCCGGCUCCGGCGAGUUUCCUCCGCCUCCUUUCCCAGUCCGAACGGCCGGAGACCGCGGCUUCGACCGUCUCUGUCUUUCCCGCACGUCUGUCUUGUGCACCCGAGAGAACCAUCAGGAAUCAUCCAGAGAAGGACAGCCGCGGCGGCCUUCUAGGAAAGCGGUGCAGGAAGUUGCCUUUCUUGGCUUGGCUGGGUCCGAGGAAUGGGGAGGAGGAUGCGGCAAGCCAUUGCCGCGCUGGGCGUCGCGUGCGCGGCCGCCUUCGCCGUCGCCGUCGCCGCCGCUGACCGUGGGCUCUCGCUGCCCAGCGACCGCGCCGUGGUGGCGGCGCCGGAGGAGAUCAGCCUCCUCAACAAGAUUGCCAAUUUCAUGUGGCAGACCGACAGGAACUCGUACCAGCAUGUUUGGCCGCCGAUGGAAUUCGGAUGGAAAAUGGUGCUGGGGUCGCUGAUCGGAUUCUUUGGCGCGUCAUUUGGGAGCGUCGGGGGCGUUGGUGGCGGCGGGAUCUUUGUGCCGAUGUUGACAUUGAUCAUCGGUUUCGAUCCAAAGUCUUCAACUGCCAUAUCCAAGUGUAUGAUCACUGGUGCAGCUAUCUCAACUGUGUACUACAAUCUCAAGCUGAAACAUCCGACUUUGGACAUGCCGGUGAUCGACUAUGACCUAGCACUGCUCAUCCAGCCUAUGCUAAUGCUCGGGAUUAGCAUCGGUGUUAUUUUCAAUGUUAUAUUCCCUGACUGGCUGGUCACAGUUCUCUUGAUAAUCCUUUUCCUAGGCACAUCAACUAAAGCUUUCCUGAAGGGUGUUGAGACAUGGAAAAAGGAGACAAUAAUCAAAAGGGAAGCUGAGAAACGAUUGGAGCAAACCAGCGAGGAACCAGAGUAUGCACCACUCUCUACAGGACCAGGUGCCGCAGCUGAUGUCAAACCCCAUUCAGAUGAAGCGCCAUCACUUAUGAAGAACAUUUACUGGAAGGAGUUUGGUCUUCUCACAUUCGUGUGGCUAGCAUUCCUUGCUAUUCAGAUAACAAAGAAUUAUGCUCCUACUUGCUCCACGUGGUACUGGGUCUUGAACUUUCUCCAGAUCCCGGUCUCUGUAGGAGUGACUAUGUACGAAGCACUGGGUCUGAUGAACGGGAAGAGGGUGCUAUCAUCAAAGGGAAAUGAGCAAACUACCCUGAAAUUUCAUCAGCUCUGCAUAUACUGCUUCUUCGGUGUCACUGCAGGGCUCGUCGGCGGUCUGCUAGGUUUGGGAGGUGGUUUCAUCAUGGGACCACUGUUUUUGGAGCUCGGCAUCCCUCCCCAGGUUUCAAGUGCUACCGCCACGUUUGCAAUGAUGUUCUCUGCUUCUAUGUCUGUCGUGGAAUACUACCUCUUGAACCGGUUUCCAGUUCCUUAUGCUGCUUACUUUGUUGCUGUGGCGUUCGUUGCUGCCAUUAUUGGGCAGCAUGUAGUCAGGAGGUUGAUCAGUUGGUUAGGGCGGGCAUCACUCAUCAUCUUCAUACUGGCUUUCAUGAUCUUCAUCAGCGCAAUUUCUCUUGGUGGGGUCGGUAUCUCCAACAUGAUUCACAAGAUGGAGCAACAUGAGUACAUGGGGUUUGAGAACCUCUGCAAAUAUGAUGCAUAGGAUGCAAGCGGGCUUAACGUUCAUGUGCAGUCAUUCGAGUAAGGAACCGGAAUUAAAUUGAAGAUUCAAUUCAUAGGUGGUUCAGGUUUCAUACCUUUAGCCAUGUAAUCAGAAUGUAAUCUAGCGCACAAAAAAUCAGAGGUCACCGCUUGGGGUUAGAACUGGGGUAAAUGUUGGAGCACACUUUUUUUCUGGAACUGAUUUCUGAAUUUUCAGUUUAAAGUCAAUUCACCGUGCCUAUCUCAUUGUACCAAUCUUGUAAUAGAUUUAGUGAACUUGUUCUUAUGCCCUGCAGAAUAUCAUCAUAGAUGUGCAUUUUGUUGUCA